AUGCAUACUCCAUCCCUCCUCCUCACGAUCCUCCCCCUCCUCUCCCUCACAUCACUCACCACCGCAGCCUUCCCCUCGCUCUCCCUCACCAACAUCCAAUUCUCCUCUUACGUCCUCUAUGUCUCUCCCUCCGCGCAAGGUCCCCGACAAGGCGUCAUCGGCUUCACCAUGACCAACAGCGCCAUCGAAGUGCCCAUCUCUUGCAGCGCCAUGUCUUACAAUGCCUACGCCCUCUUCUCUCCCACCGUAACCUACGAAUGCAACUUCGCGCCUGCGGGAGGCGAAGAAGGGAGGGAGGAUCCUUGGUGCUACACCAACAGUGCGACGUUCAAUCUCGACACGACAAAACGGGAUGAGAAGAAUGCGACGAUUUAUGAUUUGACGGUGCAGAUGAGUUGGACGUGUGAGAAGUACGUAUUUUGCUUUCUUAUCUUAUGA